AUGUCCAACGCUUACGGCAAGAUAAUCGCCAACGUAGAGCGGCUGCACCGGCUGAUGGACGAAGCAGGCGUUUCGGCCAUAGUCGCCCGCUCGGGCAAGAACUUCACCUACCUGGCUGGGUUCGCUUAUCCCGGCACACUGGCGCGGCACCUGGAGUUCCCGGAUUCGCCGCGGGAGGUGCUGCUGGUGUGGCCGCGCACGGGCGAGCCGGUGAUGUUGCUGAACUCCUACGCCGCUCCGCUGGCCCGCCGCGACUCGUGGCUGGAACGCAUCGAGGUCGUCGACGACUACGCUGAGUCGCCCUACGAGAGGGCAGUCGAUGUGCUUCGGCAACUGGGGCUGGCCGAGGAAACCAUCGGGUUCGAGAAGAGCUACGUCAGCGCGAAUCGUUGGGAGGAAAUUGGCGGCCUGCUGCCCAGGGCGCGUAUCGUCGACAGCACUGAGUUGAUGGACCGGGUGCGUUGGAUCAAGACUCCCGAAGAGGUGGCCGCGCUCGAAGCCGGAGCCCGGCUUUUGGACGAAGCGUACCUGGAGGUUCUGCCCACGGUUCGGCCCGGCGACACGGAACGGCUGGCGCAUAGCCGCAUAAUCGAGAGCUGCCUGCGCCGGGGCGCCAACUGGGCCCACGGCAUCCUGAACUCCAGCCGCAACACCGUGGCCUACGGCGGCGAAAGCGACAUGGCAUUUGAGGCGGGCGACAUCAUCCGCAACGAUUAUGUCGCAUACCUGAACGGCUAUCCCGGCCACCAGUCGCGGAGCGUCUGCGUGGGCGCGCCCUCAGACGAGCAGAAGCGGAUUUACCGGGUUACGAGAGACAUCUACCGCGCCACCAUCGAGCGGUGCCGCCCCGGGGCGCGGACGGCGGACAUCUACCACUUUGCCAACGACAGCUUCCACGAAGCCGGCACGCGCGCCCUGGAGGAGGGCAUGGUGGUGGCCCUCGAGCCGCACAUCGGCUACUGGCACCUACAGGACAUGGUGCUGGUCACUGACGACUCCCCCAGGCUGCUGUCGCCCCUGUUCAACACCGACGAGAUGCUGGUGGCCGGGUAG